GGUAUAUUUCCACACUCUUCCAUCUUCCUUUUCUUCAUUUGAUUGCCACGACACAUUCGUAACUUUUACUUCCAAUUCGCUUGCGUUGCUCUAUCACACUUUUGGAUCAUUGGAAAUUGACUUUGUAUUCUUUUGUAUAUCGGGAAAUUCCUAAUCAUGGGACCAACGAAUUCAGAACUUUUUAACUCGAAACUGAUACGACGAUCAAUUCAAACCAUAGAAGAGUCAGGACCAAACGCUUUAGGAUCAAACCCUGUAAGAUCAAGCUCUGUAGAGUCAACUCCCCUGAUAUCAACUCUUCCAGAUUUGGGCCUUCCCAAAACAGCCCUUCCUACAUCAGCCCCAACCAUCCUACCAGAGCGCAAACUAAUUCAUGUCGCAUCGCAACCAAUUCCCCUCAGAACUUUGAUCACCCUCCUCAACUAUGAACGCUUAACCCGGGAUCGGCGAUAUGAGAACCUCAGUCUUUACCAUAGCUCAGAAAUGGAAAGUAGAAAAAUCGAAGAGUCCGACACAGUGUAUACAGAGGCAGCACGAUGUUUCUGCUACGACGACAGUCCUUACCCACCAGAUCAAGAAAUAUGGAGGCAGAGUACCUGCAGAAUACAUCCUGAAGCACCUCCAGAAACACGACGACUAAAUUCCACGCAACUCGAGCGCGCAUUUUAUGAGUCUCGAUGUUCACAGUGGGCUUCUGGAUGUGAGUUGAUGUAUCAACUUUUUUUCAGGUUUUGUGGAGAAGGCCAACAACUGAAAAUUCAAAUCAGCAAUGAACAACCAGUUCUGGUGAAUGCCUCUGAUAUGCACGUAAUGCGUUUUGUUUUGAUACGUCCAAAACACCGGAAUCUCAACGGGGAACAUCAGAGGCCAGACAGUGCCUUUAAAAAACUGAUGUUAGGACGUUGCAAAGGAGUCAUUCUGGUCUUCUUUCCACCAGGAGAGGAUACGAAUUCACUGGUAAAUGGCAGCAACCCUCGCACCCCUUUUGACGAUUGCUUUGUGGUUGAUAUGCUACAUAUGCGAUAUGGUAAGAAGGGGUUAUUUGAGGAACCUUACUUUCUAGGCAAUGGUGGACAGUGGAAAGAUUUUAUGUACACCAAUGUUUGUGCAGGUAUUGUACAGCCUGUAUUAGAGCGUCCCUGUUUAACAAAAAAACGAGCACAGCAACGUGAAGAGGUGUGGAAUUGGUUUUUUGAACGCUCACUGAGAGCAAUCCAUAGAUGGACAGCGAAUGACCAAAACUCAAAAUUUCUAUGGUGCGACUAUUGUGGAAUCGGAGGAGCAAAGUUUAUAAUCUGUUGUGGAGAGGGAGAGAGAGAGGAAAUAACGAGGUACUGUAGUGAAGAGCACAGACAGAGAGGAUGGCCGUUACACCGGUUCACUUGUAAAAAUAAAGCUGAGAAUACAUGAUAUGGGGGGAACUCGAGCGAUCAGGGAGAAGAUGAGAAAAUCAAGUCACUGCAACUCAAGCGUUCCUGUUCAGAGAGCAGGACUCUAGCCAGCGUCCAGUAGUCUCACUUGCAAAUGUGCUACACGUUUCCACCUUGAAGUUGUUGCGAAAAUAUCAUGACGUCUAGACUAAAAUUCA